CGCGGAACUGACGUGUCCUCUCUCUCCACACGCACACAUACACACCCUCCUCCGGUUUGUUCUGGAUGGUUCUGAGGUCGCACGCGCCAUGCUCGACUUCUUCACCAUCCUCAGUAAGGGUGGCAUCGUGCUCUGGUGUUUCCAGGGCGUCAGCAGCCCCUUCAGCGGCACCGUCAAUGCGCUCAUUCGGAGCGUCAUCCUCCAGGAGAGAGGAGGAAAUAAUUCUUACACUCAUGAAGCCCUCACUCUUAAAUACAAGCUGGACAAUGAGUUUGAGUUGCUAUUUGUGGUGGGUUACCAAAAAAUUCUGACGCUAACGUAUAUAGACAAGUUUAUUGAUGAUAUCCACAUGCAAUUUCGGGAUAAAUAUAGGAACCAGUUACAGCAGCAAGGGGUGAUGGGUCUCCUUAAUGGUUCCUUUGACUUUUCGGAUGACUUCAGAGGUCUCCUGAGGGCUGCUGAGGAAUGCACCAAAGGAAAAGCACCUUCUGUCAUGAAGACAUUUGAACAAUCUGAUAAAUCAAAGAAAACUGUGAAAUCUAUGAUAGAAGUCCGUAGAGAAAAGGGGAAGGAGAACAAGAAAAACAAGAAAGAUGCACCUGUACAAGAUGCACCAGAAAAGAAAACUGAGGUUCAGUUAAAGGCUUCUGUGACUGUGGCUGCAGGAGAUGCCAACCAAAACGGUUUGACUCAGGAAGAAAUCAUCCAGAGGAAUAGGGAGGAAUUUUUCCGUAAAAGACUGGGGAAAGAGAAAAAAGAAAGCAGCAGCAAGUCCCCUAAGCCAACAAAGCAGAAAACCCGUCGUGUCUGGCCUUUGGAUUCCAACAAAGCUAAUGCCAAAGAUCUUGACUACAGCGAGAAACUUAUCAAUGGUCAAUCCAGCACCUACGCCAAUAACGGAGAUGACACCAGUGCAGAUAUGAAUUUAUGGCGUGGAUCAAUGGCAGGUGAUUUGAAAGCUGUAGAUUAUGAGAGCUGUGAAGAGGAAGAAGAAGAUGAUGAAGUAGUAGUUCAAGAAAUUUCUACCACCAGUGUGAAGAAGAAAGGUGGAUUUGGUGGCAUGUUUGGAAUGCUAAAGGGCCUGGUUGGAUCUAAAAGUCUUACCCCGCAAGACAUGGAACCCGUCCUUGAAAAAAUGAAAGAUCACUUGAUUGCUAAAAAUGUUGCUGCAGAUAUCACAGUCCAGCUGUGUGAAUCAGUGGCCAAAAAGCUGGAGGGAAAAGUCAUGGGAACCUUCAGCACGGUGACCUCGACAGUGAAGCAGGCCUUGCAGGAUUCCCUUGUUCAGAUCCUGCAACCAAAGAGACGUGUCGAUAUCUUGCGUGAUAUUAUAGAAGCUCAAAAACAGAGGCGUCCCUUCGUUGUUACUUUUUGCGGUGUGAAUGGAGUUGGAAAGUCUACCAACCUCGCCAAGAUAGCCUUCUGGCUGAUGGAGAAUGGGUUUCGGGUUCUCAUUGCUGCUUGUGACACUUUCCGAGCUGGAGCUGUAGAACAGCUUCGCACCCACACUCGCCGUCUAAGUACCCUGCACCCACCUGAGGAACACAAUGGCCAGUGCAUGGUCCAGCUGUUUGAAAGAGGAUAUGGGAAGGAUGCUGCUGGUAUUGCAAUGGAGGCCAUUGCUUUUGCUCGAAAUCAGAGCUUUGAUGUGGUGCUGGUGGACACUGCAGGCCGAAUGCAGGACAACACCCCUUUGAUGACUGCACUUGCCAAACUCAUUGCCAUUAAUGUGCCGGAUCUGGUGCUUUUUGUUGGUGAAGCAUUGGUGGGGAAUGAGGCAGUAGAUCAAUUGGGCUCCUCAGCCUAUACUUGGGAUUGGAAUCCUCAGAUUAUUCUUCUCAAACUAAAACUGACCCAGGACGAUUACAACACAAAUUACUACCUUUAA